CCCCCUCCCCCUCCCCCUCCAUCUCCAUCUGGACCAUCUACCGGUCUUGACCCCUAAUUAUUUUACAUGCCCCGCACCAAAACCCUAAUCAUCUAGAAAAUCUACUGUACUUGCCAACACCAGGAGCCAUUGGAUCCCUUUGUUAAUCUAUGAGAACUUAGUUUUCUCUAUUUUACUCCACAUCUUCUAUCGUUACAGUCUUUAGCUCCUCUAUUAGUCAUGGACGCUCAACGAGCUCUGCUUGACGAACUCAUGGGUGCUGCUCGUAAUUUGACCGAGGAAGAGAGAAGGGGAUACAAGGAAAUCAAAUGGGAUGAUAAGGAGGUCUGCGGAUUCUAUAUGGUUAGAUUUUGUCCUCAUGACCUCUUUGUUAACACUCGCAGCGAUCUCGGGCCAUGUCCCAGAAUUCAUGAUCAGAAGUUGAAAGAAAGUUUUGAGAAGUCACCCAGACAUGAUGCCUAUGUGCCCAAAUUUGAAGCUGAACUUGCUCAAUUUUGCGAGAAAUUGGUGAUGGACCUAGAUAGAAGAGUCAGGCGUGGGCGAGAACGGCUUGCACAAGAGGUAGAACCUGCACCGUCCACUCCACUGUCAGCUGAAAAGACUGAACAACUAUCUGUGUUGGAAGAGAAAAUAAAGAACCUUCUAGAACAAGUAGAAGCCCUUGGUGAAACUGGCAAAGUGGAUGAAGCUGAAGCAUUGAUGAGGAAGGUGGAGGCACUUAAUACUGAGAAAACGGCCUUGAUUCAGCCACAAAAUGACAAGGUAUUGAUGCUUGCUCAGGAGAAAAAGAUGGCUCUAUGUGAGAUAUGUGGUUCUUUUCUUGUGGCAAAUGAUGCUGCAGAGAGGACUCAGUCUCAUGUCACUGGGAAGCAGCAUGUGGGUUAUGGAAUGGUACGCGAUUUUAUCAAUGAGUACAAGUUAGAACGUGAUCGGGAUCGUGAAAGGUCUCGUGACUGGAAUGGCAGGGGUCGAGAUGGGGGAAGGGAUUGGAGAUCCAGAAAUGGAAGAGAUGGAGGUAGAGAUAGGUACCGUCAUCGCAGUAGGUCACGUUCUCCUAGUAGGCAUGGUAACAGGAGGUCUUCUAGAAGUCCAGCUCACCAAUAUUAGUGGAUUGUGUAGAUAGAUGACUGAGCUUUGAAAUUAAUGAGCUUUGUUGAGACUAUACAAUCUCCUUUCAUCAAUAUUUUAGAGGAGAGAAGGGUUGAGGUAGGUAAAAUACAUAUUGUUGUAACUCCUUUUUGUGAUCUAACUAGGAAUUGGUUCGACUGCAUUUUUUUUUCUCGAGUCCUUUCUGAAACAUCAUUAUUCGAAGUCCCUCCUAUUUUUAAGUUUCUCAAGUGUUUGAGAGUACAGAAUUCAGAAUCAAAAUAUUUGCUUGAGUGACACUGCUGCCAAGAGGAUUGGUGAUUUUUUCAGUUUUGAGGUAACAUAUCAUACUCAUUUUUGUCAUCUCCAUGUCAUAGAUUGACUUAUUGCCUUUGAUUGCUUAUCCUUCCCCAAUUGAAUGUAUUAUAUGUUGAAUAAGGUAUCUAUAAGCAUUAAGAAUACAGGAAGUUGGGAGGUCAGGAUUGCACUACUUUUUUCAUUUCCAUCUCCAUAUGAGAAGUGCAUUUCCUCUUUACAGAGUCGGGUAUUCUGAAGCUGAAAUUCCACGUGUAUAUAACCACUUUGUCGUUGCAGAGUGAAAUUCAUGGCUUCUUGCCUCCCCAAAUAACACUUAUAGUUUCUUUAGCAGAAGCAUUGGUACCACUUGCAUGAAAAUCACUUAAAGUGGUCCGGGAUAACACUGGACUUGCAAAAUACUGCUGCUGGGAGGGAGGUAACUGAAAUCAAUCAUGUAGUAAUUAGAAUAUGUUUAUUUCAGUUUGCAGGGAAGGCAGGUGUUCUUGAUGGGUAUGUUGUUGCAGCUGGUUAUGCAUGACAUGACAUGCUAAAAGGAAGGGUUCGUGCAGGGAAUAAACUUUUUAGUGAACUAAAUGCUGCCCAUGGAACACGAAUUAGGUUGAAAGAACAUGCAAAUUGAGGGAGGUAAAUUUCUAGAAGCUAUGCGAGAUUGGCAAUUGAAAAUAAUCUGUUUGCCUUGUGGUUCUUUUAGGUACUCAAGUCAAAAUAUGAAGUUUUAGGUUAAGUGUACCAGAUUUGAUAGGCCAAUUGUUUGACUAGCGAUAAUGAUUAAGAUGACUGAAAGUGAUUAUGCAAGAACUGCAGAUGACCCUAGCUGAGUAGAAUGAGAAUGCUAAUGUUUCGGAGGGUCUCAUUGCCUUGAAGCAAAACAGCCCGGAGAUUGUAAAUCUAUAACGAAUCGGGUCUUAAUUAUUUCAAAACUAAAA